AGAGAACUUAAAAAAUAUGGCUAUGGUAAUAUGGCAAGAGUACAUCUCCAAAAACUUCGUCGUCAGAGAACUCCGAAGUUGAUGGAUCUUUAAUGAUAUUGACUUCGGGGAUGACCGAAUUGAGAAGAUGUAUCAGGAGCAUCGACUGAAAGCCAUCCGUAACAACUGGAAGUUCAUUCUUCUGAUACUCAAGAUCAUGUAUGCCCUCAUUGCGAUAGUCUUCCAGAUAAACAGCGAUGAUGGAAUCAGGCUUAAGAGACUUGGCCCAGUGUUGAUGCUCUGAUUGUUGCAUUUGCUUAAGUACUAUAUCUAUCGAAACAAAUUUGUAGCCAGGUAUGGAGCUAUCCUGCUCAUCCUCGGUUUGGGAACGAUUAUGGUUGCUGUAAAUAUCCAGUUUGAACAGUUCAGGUUACAUGAAGGAUUCCUGUUCCACAUUUCAAUGUCAUUUCUCUUAUCAACUUGACUUUCUUCAGACUGGAAAGUAUUCUCAGCGGCAAUAGCGUUAGUUUAUUGCAACUUAUACAUAAUGCUCUGGAUAAAAUUUACCAAUGUGCCAAUUAUAAUCACUCAUGUGCUUGUAUUUUCUCUGGCAAUAUUCUGAUUCAACGCUUUUUUGAUUUCAAGAACUCUCAGGCAAGAAUUCUUUGCAACUCAUAAUGCCAAGCAAGCUUCUGCACAACUCAAGAGAGUUCUUGAGGAGUUGCCUGAAGGAGUGAUCAUCACUGAUGAAUCAAAGAAUGAGCUUAAGUUCAUCAACAAGAAGCUCAAGAAGACUUUUGACAUGUCAGCAUUUCAUCAGCCAUGCAAGGAAAGCAUUGAGUUGGCUCGGAUCAACGAGUCUGUCCUAAAGUCUUUUGAUCAAAUUCUUGAAAAAGUUGCCGAGGAUUUGGGCUCUGAAGAGUCCUUAUUUAUGAUUAAUAAAAUUCUUAGUCAUUUUACUGUCAAAGUAAAGAAGGAUAAAAUUGAAGAAAAUAAAGGAAACGAACAAGAUGAUGAAAGUGAUGAAUACCAAGAAGUAUCACUUCCUAACUUCCUUGUCGAUGAAAGAAAACGAUUGAAAGUAUUACUAUGCAAUGAGAUAAACUCAAAGGUCUCUAUCUCAUAUGAGCACAAGGAAAUCUGAGAAAGAAUAGAGUUCUUGCAAAGAGAUUUCAUUUUAGUUACAUCUAGAAUUGAUUUGGUGGAUGAUAAAUACUUAAAACCCACUUUCUUCCAAAUGUGUAUUGACACUACACAGAUCACACAAUUAGAAGAAGCUAAAGCUCAGAGUAGAUAUCAGCGACAAAUGCUCUCCAAUGUAUCGCAUGAGUUCAGAACUCCUCUGAAUGCGAUGUCCUUAUCUUUAUAUCUAAUGAGAUACCAUAUAAAUGAAGACUGACUAAAAUUCCAUCAAAUAUCUUCUUCUUCAUGAGACAUCCUCAAAGGCCUUGUAGAAGACAUCCUAGACUUCUCCAAGAUCGAAGCCGGAGUCUUCGAAAUCGAGGAGCGAGAAUUCACCUUCAACCAGCUGUUCAGUGAAGUCAGCUCCAUCUUUGAGAUACAGACCAGGAUGAAGGGAAUCCUCCUCAAUUUCCAAAUGGAAGCUGUCUUUGAAGAACUCAAAAUGAAGUCAGACAAACAAAGGAUUAAGCAGAUUCUGCUGAACUUGGUGUCUAACGCACUGAAGUUCACAGAUCACGGAUCAAUUAAUGUUCACCUCAAAAUUCAAGAGAUUAGAAGAAUUAAUGCAGAAGAAAACAAAGAAGAUGAAUUUAACAAGGCUUUGUCUUGCGAGGCUUUAGAAGAAAUGCCAGUGUGCAACCUUCUGCUAGGAACUAAUAGAUACAAGUUCGAGUAUCAUUGUUCAAAGUUUUAUGAAGAGAUUGUAGAUCUUCACCGUGAAGAUAAAACAACUGGAAAACUAUUACAAAAGCAAGAGCAGGAGCCUUUGCCAUCUGAAUUCAUGAAGGACCUAAAUGUCGAACUUAGUGUUACUGAUACUGGUAUUGGUAUCCCUGAAAGAGACCUACCAUCUCUAUUUAAGCUGUUUGGUAAGACCAGCUCCAAUCACAAUAGGAACAAGACUGGAACUGGGCUUGGUCUGACCAUCUGUAAGAAACUGUGAGAAAAGCUGGGAGGCAAGAUAGAGCUAGAGUCAAAAGAAAGAGUUGGAACCAAGGUCACUUGUUCCUUCAUUUGUCAUUACUAA